GGGUUUUCUCUUUCUCUCUCUCCCAUCAUUCUCCCCCGAUCUAUUUCCAUUUCAUUUCAUCCUCCAAAUCCCGCUCCUUUUUUUUUGUUUUGAAUCGAAACCCUAAAGGAGUAACCCCGAGUCUUACGGUUCCGGGAUUGGGUUUUGGGGUUAGGGUGGGGUUUCUGAGAGAUGUUGAAUGUCAGGUUCAUUGAUGAAUCUGUUUUCUCUCUGCUUCAAGCCAUUCGGGCACAUCUGCGAUAACUCUGAGGCCGGAUCGGGUGGCGUCUCAGGCGGAAGCGGCGGUGAAGGCAAAGACGGACUUCUCUGGUUCCGUGAUCUCGGUAAAUAUUGCGGCGGAGAAUUUUCCAUGGCUGUGAUUCAAGCCAAUCAGGUACUCGAAGAUCAGAGCCAGAUCGAAUCCGGAAACUUCGGUACAUUUGUCGGCGUCUACGACGGCCAUGGUGGUCCUGAAGCUGCUCGUUAUGUCUGCGAUAAUCUCUUCAACCAUUUUCGAGAAAUAUCAGCGGAAACACAAGGAGUUGUGACAAGAGAGACGAUACAAAGAGCCUUUCAUGCGACAGAAGAAGGAUUCGCUUCUAUUGUGUCAGAGCUGUGGAGUACGAUGCCCAAUUUGGCUACUGUUGGCACUUGCUGUUUAGUCGGAGUGAUAUAUCAGAACACUCUUUUCGUGGCAAGCCUCGGAGAUUCACGGGUUGUUCUCGGAAAAAAAGGCAACUGUGGCGGACUCUCUGCUAUCCAGUUGUCGAGCGAACACAACGCCAACAACGAGGAUAUUCGUUGGGAACUCAAGGACUUGCAUCCUGAUGACCCGCAGAUCGUUGUGUUCAGGCAUGGAGUUUGGAGAGUUAAGGGCAUCAUUCAGGUUUCGAGAUCUAUAGGAGAUAUGUACAUGAAACGGCCAGAGUUUAACAGGGAGCCAAUCAAUCAAAAGUUCAGACUUGCAGAGCCAAUGAAGAGACCGUUGAUGUCUGCAACCCCGACGAUACUAUCUCAUCCUCUGCACCCUAAUGAUUCGUUCCUCAUAUUUGCAUCCGAUGGUCUUUGGGAACAUCUGAGCAACGAAAAAGCAGUUGAGAUUGUUCAUAAUCAUCCCCGCGCUGGAAGCGCAAAGAGACUGAUAAAAGCGGCUCUUCACGAGGCAGCGAGGAAAAGAGAGAUGAGAUAUUCAGAUCUAAGGAAGAUUGACAAAAAAGUGAGGCGCCAUUUUCAUGAUGACAUCACAGUAAUAGUUGUGUUCUUGAACCAUGACCUCAUCUCCAGAGGCCACACCAACUCAACUCAAGACUCACCACUCUCUAUCCGGAGUGCUCUUGAACACUGAAAACAUAAAAAAAGAAUUACAAAACAUUUUAAAAAUGUUUCUUCCUUCUCUUACUUGGUUAUAUGACUUUUGCCUAGAAGGUAAUAAGAAACUGGGCAAGUUCUGAAAAAAAAAAGUGAAAACGACAUCUUACGUAAUGAGUUGUUGUAUUAAGCGGCUUAUAAAGUCUGCACAGUUCUGUUCUGUUGACUAAAGUUUCUUGUUCUCAGUCU